UAUUUGCACACAUGUUUGUAGAAUGCAUUCGCGUUUCAUCAUCUCAUUUCACUUACAGAAAUGAUUUUAUCAAAAAUGGUGCACUUUUGUACACAUGGAUGACCAUUUUCAUCGUAUGGAUUUAAUGAUGUAAAAUAAUAUUUGCACAUCACAUCGCACACUUUUGUGCGCAUUUUUAACGGCUCUAUUGACAAUUUGACAUUGACAGCUGAUUAAAAUUUCUGAAGAAAGAAAACAAACAACAAACAGUCUUGUUGAUAAAAAUAUUGCAAACAAAGGAGCUAGAAAUUCAUAUUGAAAAGAAACCAACAAUCUGUGGAUCCGCUGUAACCCGUUUAAAUUUACUUAGUUGAUUAAAUAAGGUAUGUUAAACAUGGAAUCCAAGAAUCUUUUCCAAAGGGGAAAUACAUUGCAAGUAAGAUUGGGUGUAACCAACUACAAUACACCAUUUGCAGCCAAAACUAGCCCAGAAUAUAUCAUAAGUGGUUCAGCAAUAUUCCAAGUAAAAGUAAUUGCUGCCCAGGUUAACAACGGCCACACGAAUGUGUACAAUAAUCUUCUGUUUGUUAGGUUUGUCAAACUACGUCAAGACGAUGACUUGACAUAUGCGAUCAAAUUUAGCAGCAACGAGUUAGGAAUUACCAAUAAAAGUUUCAUUACUGAUGAUGGGACGUGGCAUCUGAUUUAUGAUAAUAAGAAGCAGCAGUAUUCCUUUGAUGUGACUGUCAGCAUGGAUAUAGUUCCAAGUGCAAGUUCCUUUGCAUCAUUGCAUGAAGAUUUAGAGCUGACUGACUUUGAGUUGAGAGGAGAAGAUGGUUCCGUGCACAUGCACAGAGCAGUCCUGGCAGCUUCAAGUCCCGUUCUCAGACGAAUGCUUGGAGGGACGUGGCGUGAGAGCACAGAGGGACAUGUGGAAGUCCCAGGCACCUCUAAAAUGACGUUACAACACCUCAAAGAUUAUGUGUACUUACAUACUUUACCUGAAACAGGACUAGAGCAACUUUUGCUGCUGGCAUCGUAUUACAUGAUGCCUGACUUGGAACAGAAGUGUGUUGAUAAACUUGUGAAUAGUUUGACUGCGGAGAAUGCAUGCGACCUUCUAGAAUUUGCAGCUAAACACAAAGUCACAAGGCUAUUAUUGGCGAUUUUAGAAUGUGUCCAAAGUGGGGCUGUAAAAGUAAACGAAAUGCGUGACCAUUUCCUUCGGUGUAAAUGAGUAGCAUUUAUCUUUGUAAAUUUUGGAUAAAAUUAGGUAUAUCUAAAAGGAACAUAACGAAUUUGUUAGUUGGCUAAAUAAGAUAUUUCUAUUUUAAUAUGUAAAAAACAUUAUAAAUGUUUUAAUGAAAGGUGCAUAAUCACCACUAAAGUCUGAAAAUCUGGCACUUAUAUCCAAUUAUUUGUUCAAUUAGUUUUAUUGUUUUAAAGAAAAGGACAUGAUUAAUUAUCCUUCAUAACUUAAUCCAGUGAAAUGCCUUGGCAAGAUUGGAAUACCCAGUGAGUCCCAGUGUAUUUCAAAAUGAAUUUUUUCAUAAUAACCAACAAAAAGUAUUUUGCUCUCUACUGAUAUUGUGAUAAAAUCUUGAAUUCUGCCCUUGUUUGGUAAGUUUUAUUUUUUUAAAUUAGGCAUUGCAAUGAUUUUGCUUGCGGUUAGGGUAUUUUUGUAAAGUUUUAAAAUUUAUGCAGUUGCAUCAUGUUUAUGUUAUUUGUAUUAUUAGUUGUACUAUUAUUGUUAAUCUAUUAUAAACAAAUAAAACAUACAUUUAUAGAAACAUGUAUAUUUGUUUUUAUGUCAAUGAUUUUGUGGGUUUACAUGGAAUCAUUAUAUCACAUUAUUUAAACAAAUUGCAUAUUAAAGUUAUAAUAACAAUCAAAUAUUAUACAAAACAAAUUAUCAAUAU